AUGUACGCCCAAAGGCCGCUGCCGUAUGCUCCAACACCCUAUAGCUACACUCCAACUUCAGCUCUCUCCGCCACGAUCAAUCUUGAUGAGGAAGUCAAGUUGUCUACGACCAGCGCAGAACGCGACCUUUACGAGUCAUUGGCCGAGAUCUACAGCAUAGUUGUUACUCUUGACGCACUUGAGAAGGCGUAUCUGAAGGAUUCGAUUCACGAAAACGAAUACACCGAUACCUGCAGCCGCCUCUUGAAGCAGUACAAGUCCAACCUUGCCAAUGAGACAGUGUCCAAGGCAUUCGUGGAUCUGGAGACGUUCAAGCGUCAGUGGGAUCUGGACUGCCCCCGCGCAACCGAACGUCUCAAGGUCGGCAUCCCAGCAACAGUCGAGCAACCAUCCCAUAGACCUGCUGCCCCUGGCAACGAUACUGCGGAUGCAACACUGGUCGUGACUGCUACCGAGAACUUUAUUACACUGCUGGAUGCCAUCAAGAUGGGCCUACUGUCGAAGGACGUCCUCCACCCAAUCCUCGGUGACAUUAUCCAAUCGGUCAACAGGGUUACGGACAAGGAAUUUGAGAAUAAGGGCAAGAUCAUUCAGUGGUUGAUCACUUUGAACCAGAUGAAGGCGGCGGACACACUGUCAGAAGACCAAGCGCGCGAGUUCCAUUUCGACAUGGAUCAGGCAUACUACGGCUUCAAAGACGUUCUGAAAUAA